AUGGUGCAUCCGGCGCUGGUAGCUGCGGCCACAGCCACUUGCAACCCACAAGAGAAGGAGAAUUCAGAUGAUGGCGGUGAAUCAGAAAGUGCCGACAGCCAUGAUGCCGCUACGGAGGACAGCGAAACUGACAAGGAGAAAGAGAAAGCGAUCUCACUAUCACUACAGCAGACGCUAAAAGAGGCACUUCGCGUGGCGGCCGCUCAACGACAGUUGCAAAAAAGCAAAGAAAAAAAUAAUAGUAGCAAUGGUGGCAAGAACGGCUGCAGCAGUGGCAGCAGUGUUAGUAGCUCAAAUGGUAACGGCGGUUCCGGCAGUAAUACUUUAGCUGGUUGUUCUGCAUUCCCGUUGUUUGCACCGUUCAUCAUACCAGGUAACAGCGUUGGUCGUCUUCAUGGCGUUUGA